AUGGUCAGAAAUGAACGAGAGAGUCCACCACCUCAGCCACCGAAACCUCCCAAAUUCACCCUCGCAUCUGCUACUCCUUUCACCCCCUUGGUUUCCCCAGCGGCGGCAAGCAGCGGCUCUGAGGAGAGAGAGAAUACUGGUGGCCCACCGCGAAUGCGUAUCGCCUCCAUUCGACUCUUGAACGAGCCUAGUGAUGCCUUACCUAUCACUUCUGCCGGUUGGCCACCAGGUGAUCACAGACUCUUGCCUGUGGACUGCCUGAAUGAAAGCAACGAGGAUCUGGUAGCGGAAGUUCUGGAUGAAUAUGAGAAACGACAGAGCAAACUCUUUUAUCCUGCUACUGAUGGACUCUUGGAUCCAGAGAUGGAAUUGAUGGCAGAAGUCAACCGCUUGAGCUUUUACGAAUCCGAGAACUUUGAAGAUGCAGCUGAAUUUGGAGAGACAAAUGGUCUUCUAAGUACACCAGACACUGAAGGCCUUCCUCAUAUGCGAUCGAAGCGUCAAGCCCCGAUGCCUCCACCUCUCCCACCCAAAGGAGAGGGUCUCAAAGCUGUCUCCGCGGCUGUAGCUACGGGCAACCGGAAGUCCGCUGCCACAGCACCUGGUCCUAUCUCAAACACCACCGCCAACACUUCCUCUUCUCAACGAGAAGCAAGUGUUAGAAACAGUACCGAUAAUAUUACUGGAGGUGACUUGGCCCCUGCUGUUGGCGAAACAGCGAGUAGCGAGGAGUUUCGUGGCAGGGGAACAGGUGUUCCUCCACCUAGGCCUCCUCCACCCAAGUUUGAUACUGCUGGUGGUCCCAUGACUGGCUACGAGAAAAGUGGAUUGAGACACGCCGAAAGACAGUACCAAAUGGAACAUGGUAUCGGUCUGCCACCCACUCCUAAAGUUCUCAUAGUCAUCGCCAAUCCUCAGGUGGUUCAUUUCGAUUAUCAGAAUGAGCCAUUUAAGUGGUUAUUGGGUGAACACUUUUGGAGUUCAACUUCCCCUAUCAACGAUAUAUACAGAUCUAAAAUUUCUCUGCAUGCUGGCGACUGCCUCUACAAGCUGGCGAAGUCUGCCAACUUAAGCUGCUUCCAACUCUCCUAUUAUAACGUUCUUGAUGACAUGGGCGCUUGCUUUACUCUCAUAUUCGAGGGUUGCCCAUUGAAGGUCAACGCUACCGCGACUUGGGUUAAUCCACUCACUAAAGCGCAAAUGAUCAUCUUCGGUACCAAUGAUGGUAUUUACUACCUCAAUUUACAGGAAUUAGCAGAUGCUACUCUGGAAUUGUUAAUUCCGCGUCGGUGCAUUUGGUUGACAGUGUUCCGUGACACUAUGAUGUCCCUUUCUGGAAACACGCCUCACCUAUACAGUCACAAUCUGGUCAACGUGAUGAAGGCGAAAACUAGUCAAGAUCCUGCCAGUGGCAACAUCACCGGACGUCUACCUACCAAACUUCUUCCCAAGUAA